AUGCUCGAUCCGUUCCCGUUCGCGGCCCCCGCUGCUCUGCAGCACGCCGUCAAGCCCUUCGCCGACUACAUGUCCUUCAAGACUCUGCCGCUGCACAUCCACGAGCUGCUCUUCGCCGUGCUGCUGUACCACAUCACCAACACCGUCAUCUCGCCUUGGCUGUCGACGCGCCUGUUCCCGAACAUAUACCCGCAGUUCAACAAGCGCACCCGCAUCAACUGGGACGUCCACGUCGUCUCGCUGGUGCAGUCGACCCUGAUAAAUGCGCUGGCCCUGUGGGUUAGCUACGUCGACAAUGAGCGCGCCGAGAUGGAUUGGGAGGGGAGGGUGUGGGGAUACACGGGCGCAAGCGGCCUGAUCGUGGCCUUCUCCUGCGGCUACUUCGUGUGGGAUCUGUGGAUCAGCCUGCGCUACGUGAAGGUCUUCGGCCUCGGCCUGCUGGCCCACGCCGUCAGCGCCUUGUCCGUCUACAGCUUCGGCUUCCGCCCCUUCGUCAACUUCUACGCCCCCACUUUCAUCCUCUACGAGCUCUCCUCGCCCUUCCUCAACAUCCACUGGUUCUGUGACAAGCUCAACAUGACAGGCUCCAAGCUCCAGCUGUACAACGGCUUCUGCCUGCUCGGCACCUUCUUCGCCGCCCGCCUCUGCUGGGGCACCUAUCAGUCCUACCACGUCUUCGCCGACAUCUACCGCGCCGUCCAAGCCGGGGGCCUGGUCUCGGGCCCGGGGCUCGCGGGCCUGGGCGCGGGCGCCGACAGCGCGACCGUGGAAGAGCAGGCGCGGCCGACGGCCGAGACGAUGCGCUUCGCCGAGGGCACCGAGGUGCCCGUCUGGCUGGCGGCGACGUACCUGGCCGCCAACCUCACGCUCAACUCGCUCAACUUCUUCUGGUUCAACAAGAUGAUCGAGACGGUGCGCAAGCGCUUCCAGCCGCCGCUCGGCACCAUGCGGCCCGAGAAGGAGCACGAGAAGAAGGCCAAGCGGGACGAGGAUCGCGUCUUCGUCGAGGGCAUCGACGUCGAGACGGACGAGGAGGUGCAGGCUGUCGCGUCCGCCAUCGCCGCCAACGCCAGCGCCAACGGCGGCGCGGAUGAGACGGUGGUUGCGAGGGGCUUGUAUGACGAUGGUAGGAGGACGAUUGAGGUCGCCAAGACCGAGGUGAGGAAUAGGCGUAGAGGCUGA